AUGGCCGAAUCCACGAACCGGAGGAUGCCCCUCCGAGGGGAAAGGUCGGCCCCGAAGUUUGACGGUACGCCUAGGGCACUCGCCCGUUAUUUCUCGGAGCUGCAGGAGCUCUUUGCCUACGCGGGGGUCGUCGAUGACGUAAAGAAGGUCGAGUCAGCGAAACGCUACCUGUCGGCGGACGACGCAGAGAUAUGGGAUACGGUGCCGGAGAAAGGGGCCGACGGGUACGAUAAGUUCAAGGAGGCGGUAAUGAAGCUGUACCCAGGAUCGGACGGAGCGUCGAAGUAUAUGGCCGAGGACCUCGACGCUAUAUCCAAGGAAUCGAGGGCAGCAGGGACUAGGACCCGAGGGGAGGAGGCGGCGUACUAUCGCAAGUUCCUUCCGGCUGCGAUGUUCCUCGACAAGAAGGGCACGGUAUCGCGGAAGGAGGUCUGCAUGAAGUAUCUCGCGGGGUUCGACGACGAGACGAAAGGCUCGAUCCAGCGCCGCGCUGAAGUGAUGUUCCCGGAGAAGGACCCGUGGGAGGGUUUCGAGCUUACGGACCUACACGACGCGGCGCAACGGUGCCUGACAGCUGUUGGGUACGGGGCGAGUCCUUCGAGCGCGACCGGGACGGCAGGAACGACGAGUGUCGGCGCGACGACCCCUAUCAAAACGGAGCCUACGUACGAAUUGCAGCAGUACCACCAAGGUAACGGAGGAGGGAGCCUACCUGCGAAUGUGGCCUCUCGUACCUCGUUCCGGGCGUACCCAGCACCCUUUGCGGGACCUUCAGCCAAUUUCGGAGGAACCGGAGGGUGGGCGCCGAGAGCUGGAGGGACCGGAACGUACGGGAACAGUGGACCACCGACCGGAGGGACCGGGUUCGGGCAGAGGAGUGUCCUGAGGUGGGACGUUCGACGCGAUGCGGAAGAUCAUCCUCCCGAACGGGCACUACCCGGGCGAUACCUCGGGGGGAGCACGAUGAAGGAAAACGUAGAUAACUGGCAUGCGGCGGAAGGGCUGAACAAGGGCGGAGGAAACGUGCAGGACGGAGGGAAUACGUCCGCGGACGCCCCACCGCAUCUCUCGGCCCACCUCGUCGAACUUGUAGAAGGAUUCAGCGUCGCGAGCGCGGUGUCUGUCGGGGACGAUACGGAACGGGAAGCGAAGGAACUGGAAGAGAAGGCGGAGGUGCUGGCGGCGGAAGCGGCGAAGCUGCGUGGAGCUAGGAAGCUGGUGGGGAAGCAUCAAGGCAAGUACGAUGAAGGGGAGCGCGGGAAAGCCACCAGGGAUCCCUGCGAAGUCGGUGCCGCCGGAGCCAGCGAAGUCCGGAGGGAAGCGAAGGGUGACCCGCAGUACAAGUACACCACGAAGCUGAAUGCGGAACGGGACCCGAUGAGGAAGGCGGAUGAGCUGGUCGACCGAAUGCUGAAGGGCGGGGACCGGCCGAUGUGGGACGAGCUGGGCGAGGUCAGCAUAGAUUUCCGAAAGGCCAUGAACGAGCGUACUCGCACGUACCGUGUUCCGUUGCAGUCGGGCAUGGUAGCGGAGGAGAAGGAGGAAGCCAGCGAGACGUCUCUCCUCGUCGGGGCCGGAAGGAAUAUUGCGAACUUCGAGUGUUGGGACUCCCUCAAUCUCCGCACAGUAGGGCCAACGGUGAACGGGGUAGCCGGGCUCGAGUGCGUGCUAGAUACCGGAUCACAGGUCGUUCUCAUACGAAGGGACGUCUGGGAAAGGCUCGGAGGGAGCCUCCGCGUGGACGACAGGGUGCUUAUGGAGACGGCGAACAAGUCGCAGAUCAGGACGGUCGGAAAGGCGGUGGGGGUACGGUUCGUCUUCGACGAGGAUGUGGAAGUCUUCCUAAACGCGCAGAUCGUCGACAUUGCUCCGUUCGAGGUCCUUCUCGGCAGACCCUUCUUCGCGGCAACAAGCUGUGAAACGAAGGAUCAUCCGAACGGGAGGAUGGAGGUUAUCCUCACCGACCCGAAGACGAAGCGGAGGGUAAUGAUCCAGACGUACGAACGGAAGCCGCGUCAGCCAGACGAAGGCGGGGAGGGGAGUGCCGGAUCGGAAGGGAAGAAGACGGACGGAGGGGAGAAGGAGGGUUUUUGA